AAGCAUCAGCGGCGGAGCGCUCGAGCUUGGACACCUUUAUCACUGGCUGUUCAGUUCUGGUCUGGGGAAAGACUCGGAGGACUUCACGGCCGCGGAAUCACCAUGAAGACCGUCAGGGUGCUCGUCCUCCUCGUAGUGUCUUUCCACUUCCUCACAACAGUUUUAUCAGACGAGACAGAUGAAACAGUGGAAGAAACAAAGCCCACAGCAAAAGCAGACACUGAAGGGGGACAAAAUAAGGGAUCGACAGUACCAACAAAUACACCAGCAGCCACAACAAUUCCUGUAACUGCUUCUGCUCCUGCUAAAUCCGGAGAAACAGCAACUGAGAGCAAAGCAGAAGUUCCAGUGAAAGAGAAGAUUACAACCCCCAGUGCUCCUGUGCUCACAACUCUUAAGCCUCUGCAAGCAACAGGAUCAGCGCAGCCAAGGGAUGUGGGCACUACACCCCCAGCUCUAGCAAAGGAUCAUGAAACAGACAAAGGGGAUGGCAUGACACUCAAAGACGAGACUCCAGAAAACCAAGGCAACUCGUCCGAGACCUCCCAGAUUAAUGUGGUGUCAGAUUUAGGAAUCAUUCCACUGAGCACCGAGAAAACCCCAACACCAGACAACGGUGCUCCAAGUGUUGCUCCCACCACAGUUUCUGGAGAAGGGAAAAUGAAAGACGACACCACAAAGACAGAAAAGAAUGGUCCUCACAGUGGAAAAGAACCGCCUUCCAAAUCAGACAAAAAGCUGCUGUGGAUUCUCUUGCCUGUCCUCGCAGUGGGAGUGGCUGCUGUCGUCUUCCUUCUCAAAUUCAAAUGCAUGAAAGUCCACGACCACACAGAAACCAUUGACAAUGGCACUGAAAAUGCCUCUUUCCAGAGCAGGCCUGACAGCACCAAAGAUGGAGUCAUGCUUCUCGGGGUGAAGUCAUCAGGCGCAGAGGAAAAUGCGGCUGCAAGAUAAAAACAAGGGCAGGACCAGUCAGACUGAGAUCGACCGGAGGAUGAGUCAGACCCGUCGCCCACACACUGAUGGUCAGGAGGAACUGCUCGGAUGUUUGUAUGUCUUAAAUACUGAAACCUGACAGAAAUCAAGUUUGAAGUGGAGAAAGGCGUGUUGUGAUUUGGAAAAUGUUGAACCUGGGUUUGUGUAUGAUUCUGUAUGCUGAACACUUAGGAUUUUUUUUUUUUUUUUUUUUUAAGAAAGAACACUCAAAUAGUCCUGUCCAUGAAAUUCACCUUCACUUGCACCAUAUACUGUAAGCUUUCACUGACUGUGAUCAUAAACCUCAGAGUGAGUAAGCUUGUUCCUCAUGACUUUAUAUUAUAAAUCAGACUUGAUAAAUAUGGGUCCAGGGUGUAUUAAAUAUAUUACAACAGGAAUGCUAAUCAGCUCAGCUCCUAGUCACAGAGUCAGACUGAAAAUCAUAUGCACCAAGCUUUGGAUUCUAUAUUAUAAUUCUUCUAAGAAUGAAUAAAUACAAUCCUAGUUCUCCAGUCUCUUUGAAUUGAUAAUGUAGAUUUUUUUAAUACACUAAGCAGAUGCAUUAUUGUCUGAGGACUAUGUUAAAUAAAACCUGAAUCUAUAAGCUCACUGAUUUAUUUCAGUAUACUGUUGACUAAGACAAACCUUUAUGUAUUGCCACAGCUCUUGCCUUUUUACAAGUUGGGCUACAAACACAUUUUUUUGUACAGUGCACUCAGUUCACAUCUAUCACAUAUUUGAUGUAAUAAAUCAUUGUUCGUUUCAUAGUUGUUGUUUUUAUUACUCUCCUUGUCUUUGGAUGGCUUGUUGCCCAUCGUUUAUCUACCUUUUGUUGUUUUGUGGAUUAUGACGGCAUUCAUUUGUUAUUGCUUAGAUUUGUAUUGUUGUGCAUCUUCUCCAAAAGAGGUUGUAAGUGCCCCAUCGCUGUCUCUUCACUUUUUACUGUAUGUAUCUAAGUUAAGUUUUGUUUUCGAUGUGGUAGUUUACAUGUCCUCUCUGCUUCUUGAUUGGAAUCUUUUGUUGAACCAGCAGACUCGUCUUGCUUUACCAUAACAUCACAAGCAACUUUGUUUGCUCUCUGCUCUGUGCACUUACGGUGUUUUGGUGUAUUUUUGACAAAAUAUUACAUUCAGUACAGUGACGGCAGAGGGCUGUAUGUAUUUAAAAAUUCUGGAAGUGCUUUCGCAUGUUCCUGAAUGGCAUAUGACUGUAGUUGUUGCUCUUGUCCAUCAUUAAAUCACUCCUAAAACCCA